AUGAGCUUAAUGCAGAUCGCGCCGCGGUCGCUGCUGUCACAGACAAAGCUGGCAACGAUGACGUUGACGCGCAUGUACGACACAGAGAAGAAGUUUGGUCUUCGUCGGCGCCGUCUGGAGCUGAAGAAGACCCCUGACUCUGUGCCCUGCUACAUGGCGUUGCGCCGCUCGGAGAAUCGCUGCAACCAGCCGCGUCUCAAGCCCAUGUAUGACGAAUGCCUGGAGCCCUGUGACAUGGCGCCCUUGCCGAUGGACUUGGAUCACUACACGCCCAGCGACAAGGCGUAUCGCAAGUACCAGCGCACCUGGUGCGAGUCCUAUCUCCUGCCGAGGAAGUUCGUCAGUCCGAAGAAGAUCUAUCCCAAUCGACCAAGGCGCAAACUGCGUCGGGAAACCACCUCGGGCGAAUGCGUGGAGAGCGUAAAUACCAAGGGCGUGGGCCGCUUAAAACCUGAGCAGCUAGUCGAAGUGCCGGGACCCGGCAAGUGGCCCUGCUGCAAGCUUGUCGCACCUGGCUGCUCGCCUGGCCGUUCAGAUCCAGACUGUGAGCAAAAAUUUCCACCCUCCUGCUGCAAGAAGCGGCGCACCCAGUACCCCAGCUUCUCGGAGUGCCAGCCAGUGGGUCUGCUUGAUCCCAUACCACCCUGCGAGUGCAUCAAGCAGGCCGCAAUGUGCGACAUGUGGGCCCACUGGCGGCGAUUCCAUGGUCCAGAUAGAGUCGGAGGAGGGAUAAAAGUGAAGAAGGCCACGUAA